CACUUUUAUUACUCAUGCCUUAUCCUCCCAAAAAACCCUGUCCCCGUAUCUUUCUUCCACCCCGCUCCGUUCCUCCUCAUUCUUUGCCACACAGGUGUACUGGCGCCGAGAGCAAGGCAGGAGGCAAAAAAGAACUUCGUAACGAGCGGCACUUACUAAGGAAUUUGCUAACAUCUUAUCAGAUGUCGAACUUAUGAAUCUAGUGCCGACAAUGUCUACUGUGCCACCAACCCAGACGACACCCGACUCGGCGCCAACAAAACCCGAGCAUGUCAAUCGGGCCUGUGAGCCGUGUCGGCUCCUCAAAGUGCGCUGCCUGCCCUAUCCUGACCCUGCCACCAGACGAUGUCAGCGCUGUACGAAGAACGGACGCACCUGCCAUUAUGCCGCUCCCCAGAAGAGGCGGCCGAGGAAGAGGACGGACACCAGGGUUGCUGAGCUCGAGAGGGAGGUGCGUGCCAUGCGCUCGCUGCUGAACAAGAGCAAGCAGUCGCCCUCGGGAGACUCGAAUCAGGGUUCUAUGAACACUGUGGACGAAGACCAGGAGAUUGAGGGGUUUCUGGAGAGGGCGCCCAUACCCCACAUGGCAAUGAAUCCCAGCGCCUUCGAAGAACCCAUGCAAGAACCUCGCUGGGGUUGCGGACCUGGCGAUAUGGAUGGCGAGACCUCUGAUACGGGAGAGAGGACGCUAGACGUGAUCGAGCGCGACCUGAUUGGAUUGGAACUGGCACAGGAGUACUUCGAUCACUACGUCAACAAUAUGAUAGUGCACUGCCCAAUAGUCGUCUUCCGCCCGGAGCAGACAGCUGAGUCUGUUCGCUCGUCGAAGCCAAUACUCUUCCUCACUAUCUUGGCUGCUGCAGCAGGACAGAAGGACCACAACAUAUAUAUCACUUUGCACGAAGAACUCCUCCAAGUUUUCGCUGAUCGAUACAUUAUGAAUUCCGACAAAUCGCUCGAGCUCGUGCAAGCAUUCCUGCUGACCUGUAUUUGGCUAUAUCCACCAAAUGACUUCAGAACGCUCAAGUUCUACCAGUAUGUGCACAUGGCAGCAUCCAUGUCGCUGGACAUUGGACAGCCAGAUUUGCCAGGGCCUUUUUCAAAGCACCAAUGGCCAACUGUUGUUGCGGAUAGUUUUGUAAAGCCCCCCCGACAGGAAUCGCAUUCGAACAUGGGAGACACCAACCCACCCCCCGCAGACCCUGAGGCGGCUCGAAUCCUGCGCCAGGAGCUACUGGUGCUAGAGAGCAAGAGGACGCACCUGAGCUGUUAUUUGAUUUGUGCAAGUGUGUCGAUGUCACUGCGCAGGCCGAAUAUGUUUGCCUUCUCCGCAUUCACCAAGGGAUGCAUUGACUACCUUACCAACUCUCCUUAUGCUCUCCCGUCAGACAAGCUUCUCAUCAUAUGGUCGAAGAUACAGCACAUUACUGAGGAAAGCGCUGCCGUAUUCGCCUUUGACGACCUGUCCACCCGCGUAGAGAUGUCUGAUCCGCGAGUGCAGCUGACCCUGAAGGGCUUUGAGAACAGGCUCGAGGAAUUUCGCAAGACUAUAGAUCCCUCGCAGCUGUCAGCUAGUCUGGACGUUCACUACUAUAUGAACAAAAUUAUCCUGCAGGAAUAUGCCAUCAUGGUCAAGAAUGCCGAUGGUUUCCAACCAGAGGAAUUGAUUGAUAUCGGGGCAAAGGCAGGCCCGAUUUCCAUGGCCAGCGCGAGCGCUAUCAUGACCGUCAUCGAGUCCGCCCAUCUCCUCCUCGACGCCUUCUUUAGCAUGCCCGAUGACGUUAUUAAAUGCUACCCCGUCGUCAACUUUGUCCGCAUGUCAUACGGCAUGGUGCUGCUGAUCAAGAUGUACGCCAACGCCAGCCUUCCGGAUUCUGAGCUGGGGAAGAUCCUCGACGCCGACUCGCUCAAGAUAGACUACUAUCUCCGAACGGCAGUUGCCCGUCUCAAGCGCAUCACCGAAUACCGCGCUGCGAGCAAGUUCCUCCAGAUCGUCCUUAAGGUGGCAAUGUACCACCAGCAGCGCUUGACCAACGCCAUGCCCCAGACUGGCGAAGGGCUAGGAGCGGCCCAACUGAUUGUGCCGCUGCUGAAUCUCGUCAUGAAUAAUCAUGGCAAGCCGUCUCUCGAGGAGCCUACUCAAAGCCCCCUUCAUAAGAAGGGCAAGAGGACUAACGUCGCCGACCGCAACCGUCGCUCCUCCCGACCCGCGCCUGACGCCGCCGGCACCACCGACCACCCCAACGGACCUUGGUACUCUGAGUUCUCCGCCGGUGUCGGCCCCUACCUCACUACCAACAACACCUCGCCCAGCAACCCCUCGCCCAGCAACCCCUCGCCCUCAUCCGCUCAAGUCUUGUCGUACACGCACAACGCGUCAGUCUCGACAGCUACCACCGCCACUACUGACUUCUCGGGCACCGGAAACCCCGCCGACCUCGCGAAUCAGUGGUUCCCGCCCGCGACGGACUUCGGCGGUGGCCUGCUUCCGAAUGAUAUGGAUGUUGACAUCUUUGCCUUCAGCGAGGGUAUGGAGUUUACGACGGAUGACCUGAACACCUUUAUGCCGUUUAUUGGUUCGUCCGCGGAGAUGCAGAUGUUUGAGGAGACGCAUGAUUGGUCGAACUGGGGGCCGGGUCAGCAGUGAUCGUCCCCACGGGGACAUACUUGUACGAAAUAUAGGUGUGUUGGAGACGGAUGCACAUAUGGAUUGAUCUAUAUGGGAUGGCACAAAGAACUCUACGAACCGGGGCGCUGGAAUGUUUGGCUGGUUUUCACAGGUGUUUUUUUAUGACGUUUACGGAUGAGGGAGUUGGGAUUAUAAUACCAGGAAGGGGCUUUGUGUAUUUGUACAGUAUAGUACGCUCUACUCUAUAUAUAUGGCGUGAGGGCGCCAGGCAGAAAGGGAUCGAGAACGGAUGGAUGGACGACGGACGGAUAUUCAUCUCUCCUCUCUCCACUCGGACAGAGGGACAGAUAGGAAGCGUUUUGCUGCGCGGGGGAGCGGAAACCCAUAUAACUCCCUUCUUUAAUGCGAAAGACGAAGGAACGGCAUUGAGUGGUCUUUUUUAUUGCUUGUGAUUUUGAGUUUCCGAGGGAAGGUGUGCGCGUAGGGACAGGCGCCAACGAAGGCAGGUGCGACUGAGGAUAAGCGCGAAUAAGGGCAAGUGCGGGAGUGACCAUGCACAACAAACUGUCGCUGAGAGCUUGGGGAUAGCUUCGAUAACUUAUUAAUUAAGCAGCCUCUUCAACCGCCUACGAGGUGCCACUCCCUCUGCGUGAACCUCAGACCUUUGCCACUUGUACCCGGACCUUGGGUUUUAGUGCAACAAACGUAUCUUCAACAUCGAAUCCAUCCUGUAACUCCAUCUCGGGGUUGGUGAAUGACAGUUUAAGCUUGAUAUACGUGAAGAGACUUCAUUAGCAGUUGCAAAACAUAGGGGU